UUUCAUUUCAUCAAAAAGUCAUUUUUUUUUUUUUUUCAUUCAUCGAACUUAUCCAUUGUGUGUGUGUGUGUGACUGGUUUCAAUUACAAUUUUAAGAAUGAAAAUUUUUGUUAUACUUGCGUUACUGGGUUUUAGUCAAACUAUUCUGGCUAAAAUCUAUUUCCGUGAAGAUUUUGCCGAAUCUGAUUGGUCAAAACGAUGGAUACAAUCCAAACAUCCGAAUAAAGAAUUUGGUGAAUUUAAAUGGACGUCUGGUAAAUUUUAUGGUGAUGUCGAUAAAGAUAAAGGUAUUCAAACGUCUGAAGAUGCCCGUUUCUAUGCCCUUUCAUCGAAAUUUGAAGAUGAAGCCUUUUCAAAUGAAGGCAAAGAUUUGGUGAUUCAAUAUUCAGUCAAACAUGAACAAAAUAUUGAUUGUGGUGGUGGCUAUAUCAAACUAUUCGAUUGUGGUCUUGAUCAGACUGAUUUACAUGGUGAAUCACCUUAUCGAAUUAUGUUUGGCCCAGAUAUCUGUGGACCAGGAACGAAAAAAGUUCAUGUGAUAUUCAAUUAUGAUGGUAAAAAUCAUUUGAUCAACAAAGAAAUUCGAUGCAAAGAUGAUGUACAUACACAUUUGUAUCGAUUGGUUGUCAAACCUGAUAACACCUAUAAAGUAUUGAUCGAUGGUGAAGUUGUAGAAAAAGGUGAAUUAGAAUCUGAUUGGAAUUUCUUGCCACCAAAAACAAUUAAAGAUCCUGAUGCCAAAAAACCAGAAGAUUGGGAUGAUCGUCCAAAAAUUGAUGAUCCAGAAGACAAAAAACCCGAAGAUUGGGAUAAGCCAGAAUUCAUUCCAGAUCCUGAGGCGACUAAACCAGAAGAUUGGGAUGAUGAAAUGGAUGGUGAAUGGGAACCACCACAGAUCAAUAACCCAGAAUACAAAGGUGAAUGGAAACCGAAACAAAUUGAUAAUCCAAGCUAUAAAGGACCAUGGGUUCAUCCGGAAAUUCCAAACCCCGAAUACAAAGCUGAUCCACAAUUGUAUUUGCAGAAAGAAAUUUGUGCCGCUGGUUUUGAUUUAUGGCAAGUUAAAUCUGGCACCAUUUUCGAUAAUGUCCUUAUUACUGAUUCUGAAGCCGAAGCUGAUGAAGUUGCCGAAGAUCUUUUGAAAACAAGAAUGUCAGCCGAAAAGAAAAUGAAAGAAGAACAAGAUGCUGAAGAGGAAAAGAAACGAAAAGAAGAGGAUGAAGCUAAAAAAGCUGAAGAAGUUGAUAAAGAAUUGGAUAAAGAUGAAGAUAAUGAUCUUGACGAUGAUGAUGAUGGUGAUAAAGAUAAAGCCGAUGAAAAGCAUGAUGAAUUGUAAAAAAAAAUUUCAACAACAAACGCACUGUUCGAGCGGUAUUUACAUCCUUUUUUUCAUUUUGUUGUUUCACACGCUCAGAUCUAAAUUUUUUUUUCUCUCCAGUCAUUCGUAUUAUCUGCAAAUACACUUUCUCAUAACUCUUCCGCUAUAAAUUUUAUAAUAUAAAAUAUAUUCGAGUCAUUUUUUUUCUGAAAAACAAUAUAUAUUCUAAUUUAUAUACGCUGAA